AGCACCUCUUCAAAGCUAUAUAAACAGUGCCGCUGUCUCCUUUUUUUCUUUUACCCGACACCUUUAUUAUAAAACUUCUGUUUUAUUACGACUUAGCACAUUUGGAACGCAAAGCAAUGCUCCGUUAUUCUCAGCGUUUCCUACACACCCCCUCCAUCCGCUUUACGCACGCGAUUGCGAAGAAUGGAGGGAAGCCAUACGCUGCCGCUGCCGCCAUAGUCAGCAGCGCUGCUGCGAACGUGCUUGAGUAUUACGACGAGCUGCCAAAGCACCUGCGCCCGCACGUUUUCGGGGAGGUGGAGAUGGAGACCAUCGAGAUGGGCGGUGCUCCUCCGUACGUGCCGAAACACCUGCAAAAAAAGAAGAAGUAG